AUGGAUAUUCUUGUCAUCCUGCAGGAUGCAUCAGCAAUAUGUAAUAGAAUCAUGAAGAGCAAUGCCAAUGUGUUGGUUGCCUAUGGAGAAUCUUAUGCUGUGGCCUUUUUUAGAUGGAUGCCCUUAUUAAGAGGAGAUGCAACACCAAAAGGUAAAGUGUAUAUAGCAACAACCCAGGUGGAGCACACUGCUUUUAUAUUCCAAAGGAACUGGGAUACAGAAAUAUUCCAUGGUUCAUUAACCUUUACAAUUCACUCCAGUGAGCUGCCAGGAUUUCACCAAUUUCUUGAGAAGAAAACCCCUUUGAGCAUCAGAGGAGAUGGUUUUAUGCGUGAUUUCUGGAAGCAAGUAUUUGAGUGUGAAUUCCUUAAUUCAGAUCCAGGUGAUGUAGAUGGGAAUAUUUGCACUGGUGAGGAGAAGCUGGAGAGCCUUCCUGGGGAAUUUUUUGAAAGGAGGAUGUCUGGCCACAGCUACAGCAUCUACAAUGCUGCCUAUGCUGUAGCCCAUGCUUUACAUGCCAUGUAUUCGUCUAGGCAUAAACACAGAGCAACUCUGCAUCAUUUCCUGAGAGGUGUUGCAUUCAACAGUAGUGCAGGGGACACUGUUUCCUUUAACCAGAAUGGAGAGAUAGCAGCUGGAUUGGAUAUUACCAACUGGAUUGUUUUCAAAAAUCAGUCUUUUCAUAGAGUGAAAGUUGGACAGAUGGAUCCUCAGGCUGCUCCAGAUCAAGUGUUCAACAUCAAUGAUGAUACCAUAACAUGGCACGGCUGGUUUAACCAGACACAGCCUCUUUCACUGUGUACGGAGAGUUGCCAUCCUGGCUUUAGCAAGAGAGUGAAGGAGGGGGAGCCAUUUUGCUGCUAUGAUUGCAUCCCAUGUCCAGAAGGGGAGAUUUCAAACCAGAUGGAUCUAAAUGACUGUUACAAAUGCACAGAUGAAAACUAUCCAAACAAAAAUCAGGAUUCAUGUAUUCCCAAGGAAGUAGUAUUUUUGUCUUACGAAGAACAUUUGGGGUUUGGAUUAGCCUUUAUGUCGAUUUUCUUUUCAUGUGUCACAGCUCUGGUUCUAGGAAUCUUUAUGAAGCACCACAACACUCCCAUUGUCAAAGCCAACAACCAGAGCCUCACCUACACUCUCCUCAUUUCCCUCCUGCUCUGCUUCCUGUCUGCAUUGCUCUUCAUUGGUCAACCAGGGAAGGUGACCUGUCUCCUCCGACAACCUGCUUUUGGCAUCAUCUUCUCAGUAGCUGUUUCUUGUGUGCUGGCAAAAACCAUCACAGUUGUUCUGGCUUUCAUGGCCACUAAGCCAGGAUCCAGGAUGAGGAAAUGGGUGGGCAAAAGACUGGCCAGUUCCAUGGUUCUAUCCUCUUCCAUUCUUCAAGCUGGUAUUUGUACUGGCUGGCUGGCAACUUCUCCUCCAUUUCCAGAUGCUGAUAAGCACUCCGUGAUUGACAAAAUUGUACUCGAAUGUAAUGAAGGGUCUGUUGUAUUGUUUUAUUGUGUCUUGGGCUAUACAUGCUUCCUUGCAAUUAUCUGUUUCAUUCUUGCAUUCCUUUCCAGGAAGCUGCCUGACAGCUUCAAUGAAGCCAAGUUCAUCACUUUCAGCAUGUUGGUCUUUUGCAGUGUGUGGCUCUCCUUUGUUCCAACCUAUCUGAGCACAAAAGGGAAAUACAUGGUAGCUGUGGAGAUCUUCUCUAUCUUAGCCUCCAGUGCUGGCUUGCUGGCUUGCAUCUUUUCUCCAAAAUGUUAUAUUAUGGUUUUGAGGCCUGAACUGAACAACAAGGAACAUCUAAUGAGAAGAAUGGACUAA